UCUAGUUUUACAGCUUUAUUCCCCUUCCGCUUGCUCUAACCCCGUCGAUGUUUGAAACCCAUGUUCCUAGAAAAGCGACAGGGUCACACACCACUGCACCACAGCCAUCGACAGUGCUGGUUGACGCAGCCACACGCCACAAAUCUCGGCCGUAUGCCAGUUUUUAAAUCUAGAGCCAAUUCACUGAUACUUGAGCAGAUUGAGCUAACUAAAAGAGAGAAGGUCUGGAGCACAGUCUGACCAGACAGCGAGAAUGGAGUUUCUGAGACUACUCUGUGAGGCUGAGACACUCGGGUUCUCCAGGGACGAGUUCAAGGCCAUCUGGGAGAAGGAAAUGGCCAUAAAGGAGAUGGCCUUAAGAGAGCGGAACCAAAUACCUGACUCCAAAUCGUGUUUUUCUGAGACCACUCAAGCCGUGAGACCUCAGCAGGCAAAACAAGUGUCAGAUCCAACCAGGCAACAUCCGGCAGAUUUCGGCUCGUCCCUGGCCACCAACACACAACAGAUUCGCGAGCUGCAGACGGUGGCACAAAGCCUCCAGCAGCAACUGACCAGUCUAAGAACUGACCUACUCAAUCAGAACCGCGAGGCCCUGGACACCGUCAUAGUCCCAGGUUAUGGCCAGAUCAAGCAAGAACUGGAGAAAAUCAGGGCACAGCUAGCAGUCAUAAAACAAGAGAACGUAACUCUUAAAUCAGAAUUAGUUUCCCAGCAGACGAUUUUAAAGAAGUUGAUAGAAAACACGACGUUUGACCUGAAGCAUGAGCUAGAAAAAGAUAUUAAACAGCUCAUGAUAGAUGUAGUUCAUCAGUACACAGUGGCAAGCAAAGAACAGACGGAUGCAAAGAAAAACGACAGGAAACACGCCAAAAUACAAAAUAAAAUUAAACUGGGCAAAUGGCUAUCACUUUCUGAACUAAAUUUAACCGAUGUAGGCAAGUGUGAAACUGUUAUUGAAAUACCUGAUACAAACCAAGAAAACUGUCUGCUGGUCAAGUCUGUCCCAGAGUGUUGCAGGGGCUGUGGACAAGAGUGGACAACUUUCAAGUCCACGUGGGAGUUAACUAACUUGCCGUCAACUACUUGCCAGUAUAGCGACUACAUCAAGCCAAAACACUGGCCGGUUUCUCUUCGUUUUGGCUCUUGGUUUGACCUAAAGGGCAAGCUGAAAGUUUACGUAGACGUGUCUGAAACACAGAGCUGCACAUCACCAAAAUGGCCGUUAGCAUUUAAAAUAUAUGGAGUGAUACAUAAUGGAUCUAAGACAUCUAUUUUGUGGGAAAAGACGAUUACUUUUUCUCAAGGCGAUGCCUCACCUAUUCAAGAAAUUCCGUUAAAUUUCUCUGCUUCAGAGGGUAUGGUUCAACAGGAAGUGACGUAUGAACUGCUGCAGUCCGAGCAGUACAUAAGUGUGAGCCAGGGAAUACCACAGCUGGCUAUAGAUGUCUACCUGCAGGUCAAGGAGGCAGGGACCAAAUCCUGCCAGACUGACCUGCGUGUGGCAGGGACCAAACCCUGCCAGACUGACCUGCAGGUCAAGGAGGCAGGGACCAAAUCCUGCCAGACUGACCUGCAGGUCAAGGAGGCAGGGACCAAAUCCUGCCAGACUGACCUGCGUGUGGCAGGGACCAAACCCUGCCAGACUGACCUGCAGGUCAAGGAGGCAGGGACCAAACCCUGCCAGACUGACCUGCAGGUCAAGGAGGCAGGGACCAAACCCUGCCAGACUGACGACUCUACUAGCCUGAACCCCACGAGCGUUGAGGGCGACAAUGUAAACAAUGGAGAACUAAAAACAACCGUUUCUAAUUUAAUUCAUGUAGAUUCAGAUAAUCAGGUCAAUGACGAAACCAAACUCGUGGAGCAACCGAGAAAGGAAGUGGAAUCAACUUCAGACACCCCAUUAAACAAAGCUGAAUCAACUUCAGACACCCUAUUAAACAAAGUUGAAUCAACUUCAGACACCCUAGUAAACAAAGAUGAUACAAACAUCCUAUUAAACGAAGCUGAAAAAACUUCAGAAACUCCAUUAGACAAAGCUGAAUCAACUUCAGACACCCUAGUAAACAAAGAUGAUACAAACAUCCUAUUAAACGAAGCUGAAAAAACUUCAGAAACCCCAUUAAACAAAGCUGAAUCAACUUCAGACAUUCCAUUAAACAAAGCUGAAUCAGCUAAAGACAUCCCAUUGAACAAAGCUAAACAAAGUACAACCAACUUAUCAGUGAAAGCUGAAUCAAGCGCUGACCAUGUGGAGCAACCCGCCAACCUAACUUUAGGCUCUUACGUGUGCACUAAAGUACCAAACGUUCGCGAUUUGUACCAAACUAAAGGCGAUUUCCUGGCUCCGCCGCUUUACUGCAAGAAACUCAACUGCGACAUCAUUUUCCAAGUGAGCUUCAGAAGCAACGGCAGCGUCGCAGUCGGCUUGUGUUUCUCGCCUCGCGAUACGGCGGCCACCCCACACGUCUUCUACUUCAACAGUUACGGCUUCAUCCGUCACAGCACAUCCAACAGCUACACCAAGCUCUGGCACGUCACGAAUGUCAAACGGAAGUUUCCAGAAAUCUCCUUGACAAAUUUUGAGCCUUACAUAUGUUUACAGACGGCUAGAAACGAAUACUUUAACAUAACAUACCAGCAACUAGCCGAGAAGGGAUAUGUUGGCAAAGAUAGUUUCGAACUCAGGUGGUGUUUUGAAGUCAAGCAACUCGCUAAAUAGCGAUUGUACAUUAAACUUGCUUUGUAGGGGGCGGAGAUAGUGCAUACUGAAAUAAAUAUUCAGUUAAAAGAAAAUAGUAAAAUAAAACAACUCCCUAAGUCGCUAGUUUGCUGAUUAUGUAUGUGCACGUGUGUGUUAGG